GGUCCUGUUCUCCUGUAAACCUUCUGCGCCUGCCCCCUCCCUUCUCCUUCUGCUCUUUUCCUCUCCCCCUUCUCUCCCCUCCCUUUUUCUCCACUCCUCUCCUCCUGUCCCCUCCUUUCCUCUCUUCUUCUCCGCGGGUGCAGUUGGCUAGGAGCUCUCUGAGACGUCUGCAGAGCGGCAGCGCCGGGAAUUGGCCCAACCGGGUGGGGGAAAAAGCGCCGGCCGCGGGAGGGCCCCUUCUUAAGUCGGGACAGUCCGCCUCCGCCCCCUCCCCCCUCUCCUGUUCCCCAGUCCUCUUACCUGCCUGCCAUUCUCACCCCCCCCUCCCUUCCUACAGCUGCCUUUCCUUCCCCCCUCCCCCUCCCUCCUUUUUGGCUUUGGUUCUCGCUUUCCGUUGCUUGUUCUGGGGACAGACGUUUCUGGAUCUGAGCCCAUUGGGGGUUUGCUCCCAGGGGCCAGUUUGGGGCCAGGGGUUAGAGAUAGCACCAUGGAACCCCCCUUCCUAGCCCCAUUCUGGGAAGACUUCUAUGGAAACCGCCUGUUCAACAACUUCUCCCUCAUAAAUGGGAGCGGAUUGCUGCUCAAUGUGACCCAGGACACCUUUCUGCCCAUCGGCCUCAAGGUCACCAUCGUGGUUGUCUACCUGGCUGUGUUUAUAGGGGGUCUGUUGGGGAACUGCCUUGUCAUGUAUGUCAUUAUCAGACACACAAAGAUGAAGACAGCCACAAACAUUUACAUCUUUAACUUGGCACUGGCAGAUGCCCUGGUCCUGUUGACUCUGCCCUUCCAGGGCACCGAUGUUUUCCUGGGCUAUUGGCCAUUUGGAAAUGUGCUGUGCAAGACAGUCAUUGCCAUUGAUUACUACAACAUGUUCACCAGCACCUUCACCCUGACGGCCAUGAGUGUGGACCGCUACAUUGCCAUCUGCCACCCAGUCCGGGCCCUGGACAUCCGAACACCCAACAAAGCCAAGGCUGUCAACGUUGGCAUCUGGGCCCUGGCUUCUCUCAUUGGUGUUCCUGUUACAGUCAUGGGCUCAGCCCAGAUGGAUGAUGAUGAGAUCGAAUGCCUGGUGGAGAUCCCUGCCCCUGAGGAUUACUGGGGCCCCGUGUUUGGGGUCUGCGUGUUCCUCUUCUCAUUUGUGAUCCCCGUCCUCAUUAUCUCUGCCUGCUACAGCCUUAUGAUCCGGAGGCUUCGCAGUGUUCGAGUACUCUCUGGCUCAAGGGAGAAGGACCGCAAUCUGCGGCGUAUCACUCGGCUCGUCCUAGUGGUAGUGGCUGUGUUUGUGGGGUGCUGGACCCCCGUCCAGGUGUUUGUGCUGGCUCAGGGCCUGGGAGUCCAGCUGGCCAGUGAAGCUGCGGUGGCUGCCCUACACUUCUGCAUUGUCCUGGGCUACGCCAACAGUGGCCUGAACCCCAUCCUCUACGCUUUCCUGGAUGAGAACUUCAAGGCCUGUUUUCGUAAGUUCUGCUGUGCGUCUUCCCUGCGCCGGGAGCUGCAGGUGUCUGACCGUGUGCGGAGCAUCGCCAAGGAUGUGGCAUUUGCCUGCAAGACUUCAGAAACUGCCCCCAGGCCCGCCUGACUAGGCGUGGAACUCCCCAUGAUGCCCACCAGCCCCCAAAGCCCGUCCACACCCAACACAGAGCUCACGCAGGUAACAGCUUUGUAGAGGAGCUCUCCUCAGACUCAGUGUUGGGCAAAAGGAGCAGCUGUGGGGCUGGACACCUUCAGGAUGGCUUUUUGACUGACCCUGACAGGCGGUGGCCUCGGAGCAGCUCUGCCCGCUCUGGCAAAGCUACAAAACCCGGGGAAGACGUCUCUGUAAGAGACUCAAAAUAAGGGCAGUUUCUGUUAUUGGUCACAGCUGGACCAAAAAUAUGCCUUCCUGGUAUGGUGAGUGAAGGAGCAGUGGGGAGGAUAUUGCCUCUGGAGGGCGUCUGGCCCUCAGGCUUAAAUGCCACUUAAAGAAACACACACACACACACACCCAUGUGUAUAUAGGGAUCCACAAGACACUCGCAGUCACAGACAUGGAGAUGCACAAUUGCAAACACAGACCUGUGGAAACACGCACUCACAUACACACGUGUAUGCACACACCCACUAAGACAUUCACCCACAGACAUGGAGAUGAACAAUUGCAAACACUGUUCCCUGUGGACACCCGUUUAAGCACUCAUGGAGAUGCACAAACAUGAGGACAAAGACACAUGGAUGGACGCAGCCUUACAGACUUCGGUGUGGAAGACUUGGUUAUUUAUUUUUUAGCUUUCAGAGGCUUGGGGAAAAAACCCCAUGUCUUGGGAUAGAAAAGUGCUCAUAAUGGUGCUGGGUGUCAUCACCUGUGCUGUCUUCGAUGCUAUUCCCUGGGCCUAGUUGUUACAGGAUGCCUUAUUAUGCAUCCCCUGCGCCCAUGUCUUACCUUUACCAAUCCUGCCUCAUAUGGGAAAAUGAGAGCAGGUGCAUUUAAUCUUUCUAAGGUUCUUCCCCAACCUGACAUUCUAUUACUCUGUGUUUCCCUGCUCUGCCCGCCUUGGGGUCUUGGGUAGGGGGACGGGAUGGGGGAACCAAUCCUAAAUGGAAGGGCUGGAAUCUAAUUUAUUGAGGUGGCAGAGGAGCCCUAGUGAAUUCUCCCUAGGGUGUGCCAAAGCUGAGCUAACUUGGUGAGAGUUCUAGCUGGCUUUUGGGAUGGCCCUCAGGAGCUGUUGGCACUUGCUUCCUUUGGCCCAGACUUCCAGUCCUCCACUGUGCCCAGGGCUGGCUCAGUCGUGAGAGGAAGGAGUGCCUUGAUGUUGCCCUGACACCAUGUUCCAAGACUUUCCUGGAAUGGACAUCAGCCAGUGGGAUGGACACUCCAAGAGCCUGAAUGUAUCUGGGAGCCCUGAACUUGCUGUCUAGCUCCCAAAGGCUCAGUCUGAGAGCUGAUGGAAUUCCUUUGUGUUUGUUGAUAUUUUGUUACAGCUAUUCUUUGCAAACCCUUUUAGGAAAGAGAGCCUGUGCUUCUGAUUUCUGGACCUGCCCCUUACCCAUUACAUGUGAACAACUUGUAUGACUGACCUGUGGCUUACAGACUGUCCAGGCUCACCAGUACUAGUGUCUGUCAUUACUGGCAAGGUACACAAGGGCUUUUAUAAUCUUUUUAAAGUUAGGUCAUAAAGACUUAAAUGUUCUUUCCUCAGCAACACAAGGGGGGAAAUAGCACUUCUCAGUGAUGAUUUACUCCAGAAGAAGAGAAAUUUGUCUCAUGUAUUGAGAUCCUUUACCAAGAUGCUUGGCACAUGCCUGAUGAGUGACUGACUUCAGCUAGAUGGGACCUCAGAAACCAUCUGGUUCAACCCCCAUAACUCAUAGAUGGGGAAACUGAGGACUGGGGAUGUGAAAGGACCUCUGUACAUGUGACUGUGGCUGCCAAAUUGCUGCAAAGAAUCAAGAAUCCUUUUCUUUCUGGGAUGGCCUGGAUACCUCCAGGAAGAGAGACUAAAUGCUUUAAUAUUUGUUAGCUGCAACUCUCUACACACCCUGAAGUGCUCCCCAUGGUUUUAGUGUUUUCUUGCUCCUGAAUCUAUAGCCAGAAAGGCAGCCAGAACCUACUGUGUACUCACUGUUCUCUGAUUCAGACAGUUAUCUAGGAUUUCUCUCCAAACAAAUGCCAUGGGUGAAGAAUAGACCUCCUCUAGGUCUGAGUUAGACUUUAAAAUAUUUCAGGCCAUCAGGAGCCAUGGCUUUGCCUAUAUUUCCAUGGUAGGAGGGAGAAGGACUAGGAAGAGACAGAGCUGUUUGUGCUAGUGAUGUUUUUCUCUCAUUCUUGACUGAUUAAUGUUUGUGUCUCUUCAGCUUCAUGAUUCUCUGUCUGUGGUCAAUUUCUGGAGGCCAAUUUCUGAGGUUACUGAUGAUAGAAUAGAGUGUUAGAAAUGGAGCAAAAUAAGAAAAUAAGUUUUUGAUGCUGUGCUGUUGGGAAGAGGGUGGGACUGACUGGAGCUAGAGCUACAGAAGUGGUCCUAGUUGCUCCAUGAGACCACUAUGGUGCCAACAGCAUCCCCCUCAGUUGGUGUGGGGCUCCAAUAAAAUUCAGUCUGGGGUUUCCAUGGCCCUAAAUGUAAAUCCACAGUUGGUGAAGCUGCCAACACUUCUUUUCCUGUAGCUGAACUAUUGGAUUCAUGAAAACUUAUUUCAUUUCCAUCAUCCCUCCCACCUUACAAAAGCUGUAAGCCUCUGUUUCAGAGUGUGCAUUUAGGAAAGAGAAAAACUUCUACAUAAUCAACUGAAAAAAAUACUGAUAAUCCCUGCCCUUCUUGGUGAGGAGCUGGCAUGUGUCACAUUGGGGUGGGAUGUGUGGGGAUUAACCAAAGGAACAACAAUUUAGGGAGUAAUUGGCCACCUACUAACAUAGCAGCAGCUCCAUGGUAAUAAGAACAAUAGCUCCCAUUUCUAUUGAGCUUUAAAGUUUACAAAUGAUUUCCCUCACAAUAGUGUUCAUGAGCUUAUAUAGUAUUAAUACCACCAUUUUGCAGAUGAGGAAACCAAAACUCAGGGAAGCAAAAUAAUUUACACAUUGUGACACUAAGUAGUAGAAUCUGAAUUUGAACCCAGGACUUCUAGUUCUAAAGAUCAAUGUCUUCCUUCCCUCUUCCCCUCUCCUUCUUUCUUUCUUUCUUUCUUUCUUUCUUUCUUUCUUUCUUUCUUUCUUUCUUUCUUUCUUUCUUUCUUUCUUUCUUUCUUUCUUUCUUUCUUUCUUUCUUCCUUCCUUCCUUCCUUCCUUCCUUCCUUCCUUCCUUCCUUCCUUCCUUCCUUCCUUCCUUCCUUCCUUCCUUCCUUCCUUCCUUCCUUCCUUCCUUCCUUCCUUCCUUCCUUCCUUCCUUCCUUCCUUCCUUCCUUCCUUCCUUCCUUCCUUCCUUCCUUCUUUCCUUCCUUCCUUUCUUUUCUUUCUUUUCUCCUUCCUUCCUUCUUUCCUUCCCUUCUUCCCCCUUUGUUCAUUCAUUCCUUCCAUCCUCCCUUUCCUCUCUGCUUUCCUUUCCUCAGUAUGGCAAAGUGUGUUAGAUACUGGUAUUGAAAUCAGUUAGUCAAUAAAUAUUAAGUGCCUACUAUGUGCCCAGCACUGUUCUAGGCACUGGAGAUACAAAAUGAAGGCAAAAAGAUAGCUCCUGCACCCAAGGAGCUUGUAGUGUAAAGGAUCAAGAGGACAUGAGUUCAAAUCCCAUCUCAGAUGCCAUUUAAAAGACACUGAAUUUCUCUGUGCCUCAGUUUUCUCAUUUGCAAAAUGGCUUGAGCUUGAACUAGAUGACUUCUAUGGUUCCUUCUAGAUUCAAAUCUAUGAUCCUAUGAUUUAACAGACAUUAUCAUAGGCAUUCAACAGUAUCUGCAACAUUCCACAAUAAUAUUCUCUUACUUCUCUAAUGAAAGGAAGGAGGUAAGUUGCCUCAUUAGUUCUUCUCUGGAGCCAAUCUUGGUCAUUAUAAUUAUGCAACAUUCAGUUUUGUUAUAUUAUUUCCUUUUAUGCAAUCAUUGUGUACAGUUUUUCUGGUUCUGUUUACUUUAUUCUGUAUCAGUUCAUACACAUCUUUGCAUAUUUCCUUGAAUACUUCAAAUUUGUUGUUUCAUAUAUAGCACAACAAUAUUCCUUUAUGUUCAUAUACCACAGUCCAGGCAAUGGGCACUUUGUUUCUAGUUCUUUGCUACCAAAAAAGUACUACUAUGACUAUUUGGGUAUAUAUAGGACCUUUCUUCUUAUCCUUUAUCUCCUUGGGGUAUGCGUAGUUGUGGUAUAUUUAAAUCAAAGAAUACAGGCAGUGCUCUUUUCAGUAUACCAUAAUGCCUCAGCUAUACCAUAAUUCUGAACUCAUCCUCAUGGUGGGAACAGAAUAGGAAUCCCUGGAGUAAAAAAGGACCCUGCAUGUAACAAAUGUGAUUAUCUGUGUAAUUAAUAGUAUUAUGCAUGUAAUAAACAUGUAACGAUGUGUA